UCCCUGUCACCUGCAGGCGGCUGCCGGGACGGCCACGGACCCCGCUGCCGCUCCGGCGCGGCAUCAGCCCCGCGCUCGCACACCCAGUGCGGAGAGAGCCAAGGGCGCGGGCUGCUCCUGUUGCACUGCCCUUGGCGGGGCUGUUUGCAAGCGCCUGCCGCUAUCUCCGACCGGGAAUCCCGGCGGUGCCCUAUCUCGGAGUCUGUGCCUGUGCCCGAUAGCGGCUGCUCCCUGCUUUGUUGCACGUCCGUCGCAGCUCCCGCCGGGGCUCUCUCCCCUUUUGUCUGUGUAUUUUUAGGUCAUUAGAGUGGAGGGGUAGGUAAUCCCCAGGCUCAAGUUCCAGAGGGGCGGGUUCUGGCCGGAGGUGGAGUCACUUUUCAUUUAAAUCCCUGACUAUAAAAUGGGCUUAAAGAGAAGCGGGAUCUCAGCUGUGCUGCACAGACCCCAGCAAGCAGGGUGUGUGGAGACCCCCCCAGCAGCCAGCGCCCUGCAGCAUAAGCCGCUGCGAUGCUCCACUCCCUUGGCGUUCACACCUUGCAGCUGCUCACCCAGGCGGCCGCCUGCAUCCUUCUCUUCCCCCGCUUCCUGCUCACCGCCGUGAUGCUCUGGCUCCUGGAUUUUCUGUGCAUUAGGAAGAAGAUGCUGACGAUACCCACGGCGGAGGAGGUGGCCGGCGCCAGCGAGGGGCCGCCCCCUGACGACCCCCCGGUUUGCGUGUCCGACUCUAACCGCAUGUUCACGCUGGAGUCGCUGAAAGCCGUAUGGCACGGGCAGAAACUGGACUUCUUCAAGUCGGCGCACGUGGGCUCCUUGGCCCCGAACCCCGAGGUGAUCCAGCUGGACGGGCAGAAGAGACUCCGCAUCCUGGACUUCGCCCGCGGCAAGAGACCCCUCAUCCUCAACUUCGGCAGCUGCACCUGACCCCCGUUCAUGGCCCGCCUGAGGUCCUUCCAGCGCCUGGCCUCGCACUUCGUGGACAUUGCUGACUUCCUGCUGGUGUACAUCGAAGAAGCACACCCGUCCGACGGCUGGGUCAGCUCGGACGCAGCCUACAACAUCCCCAAGCACCAGUGCCUCCAGGACCGGCUGCGGGCAGCUCAGCUGAUGCGAGAAGGGGCACCCGAUUGCCCCCUGGCCGUAGACACUAUGGACAAUGCUUCCAGCGCCGCCUACGGUGCCUACUUCGAGAGGCUCUACAUCAUCCAGGAGGAGAAGGUGAUGUACCAGGGAGGCAGAGGACCAGAGGGCUACAAGAUCUCGGAGCUGAGGAGCUGGCUAGACCAGUACAAAACCCGCCUCCAGAGCCCCAGCACGGUGGUCAUCCAAGUGUAAAAAAGACCCGGGGAGAAGUGCAGAGGUGGA